AUGCCCUCCACCAUCACAAAGUCACUUACCCUUCUUUCAUGCACUUUCUUGGGCCUCAUAUGUGGAACCUUAUACCUAUACUCGUCAUAUAGCCCGCAGUUGGCCCAGAGACUUCUGUACUCCGCCACUGAUCUGUCUUUGAUAGCGCUUUUCGGGUCUUUGGGUGUUGCUGUAACGGGUCCUGUGGCUGGCUUGGUUGUUGAUCGUAAGGGUUACACUGUUUCGCUUGCCAUUGGUGGCUUGUCUAUUUGUCUUGGCUACUAUGGCCUUAGACGCCAGUUUGCCUCGGCAAUGUCGAACUUAAGCUACCUGUGUUUUUUGCUUUUCAUUGUUGGGCUUGGAUCUACGUUUAUCAAUUCAGCGUGUCUUAAAUGUUGUGCCGUUUCGUUCCCUAAUAUCCGUGGCGUGGCUACUUCCCUUCCCUUGGCAUUAUAUGGCUUGCUGGCCAUGUUCUACUCGGUCAUUGCCUCGGUGUAUUAUCCCGGUGACACUUCGGGGUUUCUCUGGUUCCUUAUCGUUUCUGUGGGAGUCAUUCUUGCAAUCUGUUCGCCUCAAUUGAUGCUCUGUGACAUAAGGAACAUCCAACCAAAGAGACACGCUGCAAGCAACUCAGAAAUCAUCCAAAUGACUACAAUUGGCCAGAAACUCGAGCCAGAACCCAUUCAGUACCAUGGCCUUCACCAUAAUACCGAGGCAUCCGGGUUCGACUUGCUUCGAAGCCCAAGAUUCUGGCUUCUUUUCAUUGCUACAGGUGCCUUUGCUUCCUUGGGACAGAUGUACAUCUACACUGUCGGUUACAUGGUCAAGGCGUUAGUUACAAACACUUUUACCACUCCAGUUGACACUUCUGUUGAAUAUGUCCCCAUGGAAGUGGUGAUUCAACAGGAACAGCAAGUUCAGGUUGGUCUUUUAUCGGUUGCAAAUUGCGUCGGGAGACUUCUGGCCGGUAUUUUGGGUGACAUCAUCAGCCAAAGUUUCCGGAAACCACGCGGAUGGCUUCUUUUCAUUCCUGGAUUAGGCCUUGUGAUCACCCAAAUCAUGGGAUUGAGUAUCACCCAGCCACACCAUUUGGAAUGGGCUUCUAUGCUUUCAGGCUUUUUCUACGGUUUCACUUUCUGCAUCAUGCCAAUUAUCGUAGGUGAUGUCUUUGGCAUGGAAAACUUCUCAGGCAACUGGGGUCUUGUCGGUAUGUCGCCUAUCGUACCAUCGUUCUUCUUCACUAAUCACUUUGGUAAGGUCUACGACAGACAUUCAUCCAUGUCUGAGCUCGGUAUCACCGUUUGCACUCUCGGCAACGGCUGCUAUAGACAAGUCUACAAACUUACACUUGGAGUCAGCGUUUUUGCCAUUCUAAUCAUUUCAAUCUUUAAUUUUGGCGAACGGUACUUGGCAAGCCGGUCUCUCUACGAUAAGAGGAAGGGUGUUCUCGGCCUCAAGUCUGAAAAACAGUGA